CGUAGAACCGAGCGGUACUUCCGGGUUUGCGAGGACGCUGUGGACUCAACUCCCAACACCUCAUUACUUCCCUUUACAGGGUGUUUAAAUGAAUGAGAGCUUCAUAUAACUGUCAUUAAUAGAGGACAUUAUUCUGUCCCUUUGCGAUGUCCAGUCCAGGUCACGUGUCCAUGGUCCGGGCCCUGUAUAAGAGGAUCCUGAUCCUGCACAGGUUCAUGCCCCUGGAUCUGAGGGCGCUCGGGGAUCAGUACGUGAAGGAGGAGUUCAGGCGACACAGAUCUGCCUCUCCGGAACAGGUCCAGCACUUCAUGAAGGAAUGGGAGAACUACAGGGACACCCUACAGACGCAGGUGCUCGAGGUGGCCGGAGGCGAAAAGAUGGUGUUCGGUGCUGACCUGUCCGAGAAGCAGCUCAGAGACUUUCAGGAUGAACAGGUCGGGCAGCUCUACGAGCUGAUGCUGGAGUCUACCAAACCUAACCAGCAGUUCCACAUCCAGGAUGAAGGCUCACCAAAAUGAGAGGCUGCGAAUAAAGAAAGAACUGACUCAUAUUCUGAUCUGUGGAUAUUAAAUAAUGUUUAAUUAUUACAUUAUCGUGAUUGCUCUGAAUGCCCUGCAUGUUUGUAGAUCAGGUUCAUUUUAUUUUUUAUUUUUUCCCACAUCGAGAGCGAACCACAACCAAGCAAUCGUUCCUUUAUGAGUAUAAUUAUCUUGCAGGGGGAAAAAAAAUCACAGACAGUUCAAGCUAUUCUCAGGAGGCACUUACCGUGCUCUAAGCAUGCAAAUCUAAAGCUCAAAUCAAUACUGCCUCCUUCUUUUAACUCAAUUGUAUAAGUUCCUGAAGGAGAAAAUCUUGUUAGCCAGCAAGCGAUUGUGUUGAUGCAUCUGACAGAACUUAAGAGUUCAGUGUGCUUUAGAUAAACUCCUAACAUUACAUAAAGAAAUCAAUGUGCCAGAA